AGGUCGGCCCGCUUCGCAAACAAAAACCUCGCGCGUCUGCGGAUGAUUCCCUCGACCUCCUGAACUCACUCUCUUCUCUUGACGAUGCCGUGAUUCUUGCUUCGAAUCGUCAUGGCGGCGUGCCUGAGAGCCGGUAAUGGUGUGCUCUCUCGCCUCAAGGCGCUAUGCCCACUUCCGAGAUUGAACCGCAUGCUCGCUGGAGGGGAGUUGCAGGCUCAGGAGCAAGCGGAGGCGAGCUCCGACGAUGACCAACAUCUGGUUGAGAUCGAUAUGUCAACGUGGAAGACGUAUGAUGCGAGGUCCUGUGGAGUAACAGGUCGUUUGAUCCCGAAAUCUCCUUGGACCGUCCUGGCGUUGCUUCGCGAUGCAGGAUUUAAUGCUUAUCUAGUUGGCGGAUGUGUCAGAGACCUAAUUUUGAAUAGGAUUCCAAAAGAUUUUGAUGUCAUUACCUCAGCUGAUUUACAGCAGGUGAAGGAAAGAUUUCAUCGUUGCGAUAUUGUUGGAAAGCGAUUCCCAAUAUGUAGGGUCCGGAUUAAAGGUUCUGUUGUAGAGGUGUCCAGCUUUAAGACAAUGGCAAAGAGGGCAGAAGGAAAGGAGAAGGUUAUCUUUUCUUGCAUGCCAAGUGGCUGCAGUGAAAAGGACUUCAUCCUUUGGAAGGACUCGGUGCAUAGGGACUUCACAAUAAACAGUUUAUUCUUUGAUCCAUCAGAGAACAAAAUUUAUGACUACACCAAUGCAAUGGAAGAUGUGAGAUCUUUGAAGCUUAGGACUAUAAUCCCUGCCCAGUUGUCUUUUGAAGAGGAUUGUGCAAGAAUCCUGCGCGGAGUGAGAAUUGCAGCUCGUCUGGGUUUGGCAUUGUCCAGGGAUAUUGAAAUUGCAAUUGGUAGUCUCUCGUCAUCCAUUACACGUUUAAACAAGGACAGGCUAAUGUUGGAGGUGAAUUCUAUGCUAUCCUAUGGAGCUGCUGAAUCUUCUCUCUGUCUGCUUCAGAGACUUAGGCUACUCGAGAUUAUUCUCCCAUUUCAUGCAGCGUAUCUUGAUCAGCAGAAUAGGGGGCACUCUGCCCAAAGCUCCUUGAUGUUGAUGAGAUUAAUGUACAAUUUGGACAAAGUGGUUUCGUGCGCUCAGCCUUCAGACUGCACUUUGUGGAUUGGACUAUUGGCCUUUCACUUGGCAUUAGUGAAGAACCCUCAAGAUGCUUUAGUAAUUUGGGCUUUUGCAUCAACUCUAUAUUAUGGGAAAUGGAAAGGAGCUUCCCAAUUUGCAAAUAAACGUGCUAAACUGGAAGUAAAUUUUGUACCUGAGAUCUCAGGAUCAUCUAGUUAUAAAUCAGCACUUGCAGAAAGCGUUAGGAAUUUAGCGUCAUUGGUGCAAGAAUCUGUCUCUAUCUUAAGUGAUACGGACAGACUAAUUGAAUCGAUGAGCAGAUAUCCACAUUCCACUUGUUCUGGUUUGGUGGUCAUCCAAGAGCAGGUGGCAAAUAAUGUUAGAGAAAUUUUUCAAGUGCUGGUUAGUGAUGUUGUAUCUUACAAUGAUGGGAGAGAGUGUUUUGAAAUUAGCUAUGAGUUACUUGGUAAGGGUUUUCUUCGUGAAACAAGACACGUUCUUGGCAAAAUCAUUCUGAAUACUAUGAGUGGCGGAGUAGUGCAAGGAGAGGAGGCUGUUGAGGGUAAGAAGCUCAUGGAUGCUGUUGGGUAUCAACAAAAAACCAUUGUCAGUAAACAGAAUGAACGGUCAUCUCUAAGCCAUUUCAUAGCUCACGAGGUGUUCAAGGAUGAUAAUAAGAGCAGUCAAGCAGUGUCAAGUUCUGAAUUGCUCAAAGGUGGUGUUGAUGAAAAACAAAAGUUUGAUGGGGAGAGAUGCAGUCCUUUUGAACAAAAGGUUGUUGUGAAGAAAAGAAGGUGCGAAAGGUUAGGGGUUAAUGGAAUUCCUAAGGAUAUGAAGGGCGAAACUAAACAGCAAGUGAAGGCAGUAAAGCGGUGUUCUUCAGAAAAUUCAGCGUCUAAAAACCAGCUGGACCUAACUGAGAAGCAUGAAUCAAUUUCCGAAGACGUAAAGAAGCAGGAAAAUGUGUUGAUCAUUGAAAGAGCUUUAAAGGAGGAGGCAAAGCACAGAAAGAGGAAAGUAUCAGUUGAGGAGGAAAGUAGUAGGCCCCUGCUAUCCGAUAUUUUCAAAUGAGAAUGUUGUUGAUGGAAAUUAUAAGGAAAACCAGGCUCCUGCUUUGUGAUGUCUUUUCAGAUGAGAAAUUUUUGUAGAUGUAGAUUACUCUCAGGAACAGGAUAACUGACUGGUUAGUGUGUAUCAGCAUUUUGUCGGGAUUGUACUGGCCCUGGGUUCAUAUUCACUUCAACAGCAUCCUAAUUUUUUGUACACUUCCAGUUCCAAUUCUUUUGGUAUUUAUUACAUCAACUACAGAGCAAAUAGAGUAUGCAAAUUUAGGAUGCUUUAUUGCGAUAUAUAUUAGCCUGUGGUGUUUCUUACAAGUUAAAAGGUCUAGUCUUGACACAGUUCUUUGCUGCUGCUUGUGGUUUCUGGUCAUCCUGAAAGUGGCAUUCUAGAAUUAUUCAACCUGUUCG